AUCAUCAACCAGGAUAUCAACCCCUAUGUGGACCAAUGGGAAGCAGAGGGGAUAUUUCCUGCCCACAAAGUCUUCAAGCUCCUUGGAAACGCCGGGUUUCUGGGUGUCAACAAGCCAGUUGGUACGAACUUCUUCUGUCUCUUCCUCUAUGAAAUUAAAUUGUCUCAAAUCACCCAGUUAAUAACUUUUUCUGAGCUAUUUCUUUGCCUGAUUCUGAUUAAUUUGUGGGAAAUUAUGCUUAACCUAUUUCACGUUCUCCCCCUUAUAAAACUGUGUCAGUUGAAAGCACUUCCCUUUGAAGAGAAGAGGACGGCUAAUUUCAGACGAUAAAGAUGGUUUCAUUAAUUGAGUGUUUUCAUGAACAUUCACCUGAAUCGGAGUGAGACGAGGAGCAGCAUGAAAAUAAGAAAAUGGUGAAGCCUCAUUCCCCGUGAAAGGGUCUCGAAAGAUACAGCAGCAGCAAGCGAUAAUGGGUUCCUCAUAGACCCCUGAGCGCCCAAUGUGUCAAACUAGGCACUGCUCUUCAUCAAAACUCAACAAAAGAGCCUCUCAAGGGCUAGCGUGAGAAAAUGAAGUUGAGUAAUUUCGUUGCAUACCAGACUCAAGAUGAUUUAUAUGCCUAAAAUGACAUCAUUUUCAUAAGAAAAGUUAAGACGUGCUUAGCAUGUCAUUCUGGCUUUGGCCCAGAAGUAGCGACCAUAUUGUGGUGAGUGUAGAUAUUUGUAGAUGUUUGGAGUCACAUCUCACAAAACCUGUUAGUCCUAUCUCCAUUCCAGAUACUGUCCUUUACCACUGUGAAAAAACGAUGAUACUUUUUGUCAUAUUUUAAUAAUCCAGACAGUAUAUGGUAUAAGACGUUUGAGAAUUUUUAAAGUGAUGAUUCAUUCCAAAAUCUAAUUAUGUCAAUGUUUUCGGACCUCCAAGUCCCACUACCCACCAAUCUAGAUCCAAAUACUGCAUAUCAACCCCAAAUGACUAGAAAAGACAACUCAUCUUGACAUUAGUCCCCAUAGAUGUCAAAACAUCUAACAAACUUUGAUUUUAAAGUGAAAUACUACAGAGAACAAUGCAGUGGGUAUUGUUGUCGUGGUGGGCCCUAUGGGGAAAUUGGCUCAUAAAUCUAGCUAAGUCAGAGGAGAGUGGGGCGAGCAGCAUUACAAAGUGCUAACUACAGAGCCCUUCAGCAUUAACAGGCUGGAUUAGAGAGAAGGGGGACAAGGAAGUCUGUCCCAGACACACCAGAUCACCAGAUGGUAUAUUAGAUCAUCUCUUUAUGGUUAAUCCCACACUGUGUCAGAGAGAGAGACUACCGCUGAGACGAGACACAUAUUGCUAAUAGACUAUAUUGCUGAUAGCCUAUAUUGCUGGUAGGCCUACUUGUGUUAUUAUUGUAUAUAUUCAAGAAUACCACAAGAGUUGAGGAUACACUUUUUGGAACUUUAUCUAGACUUGAUCAGAACAGACGUUACAGGACAUUGGAAUCUCUCUCUUGCACCAGCUUACAUACCAAUGUAAACUGGUGCAAGAGAGAGAUUCCAAUGUCCUGUAACAUACCCCAUAAUAUACCCUGCUUGCUUAGCGAGUACCAUUUCCUCCAGAUUUGGCUCACACAAGGUUUGAACCCAGGACCUCUGUCUUGCUGCUAGUAAACGUGACCGUGACUGCCCUCCUGAAGUGUCUUGCCAGUCGGCACCAUGCGAACAAAAGUCACUCCCGUUUAGCAACUGUAAAUUGCUUUGGCACAAUAGGCAUCAAGUCACUUGCCGAUAAUGUUGCAUACACCGUUGCGUACAGCAUUUGAAAGGUCUAUCAUUUUCAUCAAACACACAAUCAAAGUUAACAUAAGCCCUAGAUGCCCAAUUGCCCAAUUUAUGGCAUUUUAACAAUGUGAUAUUGCACUCCAAGUGUAUAACUUGAAAUAACAUGAUGUAGGUAAUUAAAUAAAACAUAUUUUUUUAUUAGCCUAGUGGUUAGGUGUGCUCUUUAGUGUAUUGUCAGCUGGGUGUUCAACCAGUCUUUGCUGGGAACACUAGUUGCUACCGUAGGCGCACACCAGGUGCUUUCCAUUUUGCCCUGGUGAGUCAGUACUGCCAGCAGCUGCCAAUGCCGAACCCCGGCGGCGGUUAACUAACCCGGAAAACUCAAUAUCUGAGUUUGGGUCUGUGGAACCCUUGGUGGAGGAAAUACCAGAAUGAUCUCCAGCCGUCUUGACACUGUCUUGCCACUGGAUACAGAUGACACUGGACGAGAGAGUGAGGUCGAAGCUGCGCAACUCUCCCUCACUUCAAAGCGCAAGUCAUGAAACCAUCACCCAUAGUCCUGUGGCUUUCGGCGAAUGAUGAAGCUGUAGCCGUGGUCUCGCACACAGGUUAUUGGGUCGCUUUUCACUGGACUGAAGCAGCAGUGGAACUGAGUGUCUGAGCAGUACUAUUCAGGUUCACACUGCUCAUCUCCCCAGCAUGAGGAAGGGGCUAGAAAAGGUGCCCUAAACAUUGUCUGCUUUACUUUACCCUGACCAGCCUACCGCAGCUGGAAGGGAUCCCAACUCAGCAGUGGAACAAAGAAAAGAAAAGUGACACCACUUAAUAUUGGUGCUUGGAAUGUGCGCACACUUAUGGACACUGCUGGACCAAACAGACCUGUGAGACGUACACUCUUGUAGGCAGAAAACGUGCCAGAUACAAAAUGGACAUUGCCGCCAUAAGUGAGACCCAGCUAGCUGACACGGGACAGAUUGCAGAAGUUGGAGCCGGUUGCACCUUCUUUUGGAGUCGGCAUGGAAAAUAGGUUUUGGUUUUGCAGUAAAAUCUCACCUGGUCAACCAACUGUCAAGCUUACCUAAGGGUAUGAUGACCCUGAAGCACCAUUUACCAGGCAAAAAGCAGGUCACCAUCAUAAACAAUCUUCAAACUACCCAACCACAAGAAAACAAUAUGGAUGUACAGUCCAAACACUGGCAUUGAUUGACAAUGGCAUUGUCAGGAGGAGAGACAGACAAGAUGUCAAGGGUGAAAAAGGCCAUGUGCGAUGCAGAAUGCUGGAUAGAUCACCGACUCAUUAUCUCCAAGCUCAACAUCCAGAUCAAACCUCCCAGAUGUCCACAAGGCAAAAUAUCCUCUAAAGGACUCAACAUCUCUCGGCUGAAAGAGGAGAACAUCCGGCAGCACUUUGUUGAAGCCCUAGACCACUGUUUGGAGUCCUUAUGCCUUGAUUCGGAAGACGCUGAGGCAGAUUGGACAGCUUUCAUAAAUCUGCUGCAUUCUACAGUGCUCAAAACAGUUGGUGCCGCCACACGCAAACACCAAGACUGGUUAGAUGAGAAUGAUGCAGAGAUUCAGGCACUCCAUGAUGAUAAACAUCCGAAGGACUGUCCAGUUCAAGCUUAGAGCUAUGCAGGAUGCUUGGCUCAGUCAGAAAGCAGAGGAGAUUAAAUCGUAUGCCAACAGCAACAACACAAAGCAUUUAUACGAUGCACUCAAGUCAGUCUAUGGCCCACAACCCUCAAGAACCUCACCUCUCCUGAUUGCGGAUGGAACUACACUGAUCAGAGAGAGAGAGAGAGAAAAUCCUUGCCAGAUGGGCUGAACACUUCAACUCAAUAAAUGAAGAAGCAAUCAACAGGCUGCGGCAAGUUGAAAUGACCCUGUCUCUUGCAGACCUACCCACCCUGGAGGAAACAAAAAAAAGCAUCUGUCUCCUCUCAUUGGGAAAAGCUCCAGUAGCUGACACCAUACCAGCUGAAAUCUACAAGGUGGGAGGGCCUUGUUUGGUUGAGAAGCUAACCGGCCUCUUCCAGUCAUUGUGGAGACAAGAAGCUGUCUCUCAGGAGUUUAAGGAUGCCUCGAUUAUCCACCUCGACAAGAGGAAAGGCAAUCGCCAAGCCUGUGACAAUCACAGAGGUAUAUCCUUGCUGUCAAUUGCUGGAAGAAUCUUAGCUAGAAUCCUCCUGAACCGUUUAAAAGAACACCUAGACCAAGACCUGCUGCCCGAAACCAGUGUGGCUUCAGAAAGAACUGUGGAACAACUGACAUGGCGUUUGCAGCUUGCAAACACCCAAGAAAAAUGCCAGGUGCCAUACUCUGACCUGUACCUCACCUUUUUCGACCUGACAUAGGCUUUUGACACCAUAAGGGCCUCUGGAAGAUCAUGGCAAAGUUUAAUCACAAUGGUGUGUCAGUUCCAUGAUGGCAUGAUGGCUAGUGUGCAAGAUCACCAAGAGUCCUCUGAGCAGUUUCCAGUCACAAACGGAGUGAAGCAAGGCCGUGUUCUAGCACCAACCUCGUUUAGCAUGAUGCUCUCCACCAUGCUGCAAGAUGCCUUCCCAAAUGACCACACUGGGAUCCGUUUCAUCUACCGCAUUGAUGGGGGGCUUUUCAACCUGAGGAAGAUGCAUGCCAAAACAAAGGUGGAGGAGGUGACUCUCCGCGACCUCUUGUUUGCAGAUGACUGCACACUAGCUGCUGGCUCACUUGCUGACCUGCAGAUCCUCAUGGACAACUUUUCAUCUGCCUGUGACAACUUCAGCCUCACAAUCAGUACAAAGAAGACCGAAGUUAUGUACCAACCUGCCCCCGGUAAUCCUUACGUGACCGAACCAUCUCUGUGAAAGGUCAGACAAAUUGACUUACCUUGGUAGCACAAGUGUUGUGUCCCGUGUGGUUCACAUAGACGAUGAAACAAACAACAGCAUCACCAAGGCUAGUGCAGCCUUUGGCCGUCUGCCAGAUUCUGUGUUUUAUUUUUACCCACUUUUUCUAGUCUGAGAUGUUUUGUGGUCUAUCCCCAAUAUAAAGCUUGCCUAUGCUAAAACGUUGACUAACGUGGCAAGCUCUCAAAGUAUGCUGUAUGAGUCUGGUUAGAUUGAUUGGAAUGGGAGAGGAUUACACCGACCAGGAGGCUUAGGCCUGUACUGUUGGGAUGGAGAAAUACCAGAUGGACUGGGAAUGGUUUUCACAGAAGAAAUAGCCUUAUUGUAUGGGACACCUUUAAAUGUGCCUUUAGAGGCCAUGCAAUUCAGUACUCAUCUCGAAAACAAAAGCAAUUUAGGUCAAAAGAGUCCACACUAACAAAGGAAAUAGAAGGUCUAACAGAACAGAUAGAUAGCAAUAAAAACUGUAACAUAGAGGCUCAGAAUAAAUUAGAGGAAAAACAAAAAUAAAUUGAGAAACUUAUUCAAGAAAGAUCAAGUGUAAUAUAUUAUAAAAAUAAAGCAAACUGGAUGGAAUAUGGGGAAAAAUGCACCAAAUUAUUUUUUAAUCUUCAACAUAGGAAUGCUACCAAAAAUAAUUUAUUGAAACUGGUUACCCAUGAUUCACCAAAUGAUAUUUUGAAGGAGGAAACAAAGUACUUUAAGCAUACGUUUUCGUUUGUCGCCUCCAUCUCCUCUAACUGAAGCAAAUUGUAGAGAUUAUUUUUCUAUUGAUAAUGUAAAAUUAGCAGCCAUGCAGAAAGACUCAUGUGAAGGUGAAAUUACAGAGGAGGAAUUUCUGGAUGCAAUUAAAGUCCGGGAAAACUCCAGGGUUGGAUGGCAUACCAGUCGAGGUAUACCAAACCUUUUUUGAUAUACACAGAGGACCGUUAUUAGCAUGUUUUAACCACUCCUAUGUAAAUGGUAGAUUAUCAGACACUCAAGAAGAAGGUCUGAUUUCAUUAUUACUGAAACAGGAUACAAGUGGAAAAUAUAAAGAUCCAGUCCAUUUAAAAAAUUGGAGGCCCCUAACACUUCAGUGUUGUGAUGCAAAAAUUCUAGCAAAAUGUAUAGCGCAUAGAAUUAAAAAGGUAUUGUCGGACAUUAUUCAUUCUAAUCAGACAGGUUUUUUACAUGGGCGAUACAUUGGAGAUAAUACAGUGAGGGAAAAAAGUAUUUGAUCCCCUGCUGAUUUUGUACGUUUGCCCACUGACAAAGAAAUGAUCAGUCUAUAAUUUUAAUGUUAGGUUUAUUUGAACAGUGAGAGACAGAAUAACAACAAAAAUAUCCAGAAAAACGCAUGUAAAAAAUGUUAUAAAUUGAUUUGCAUUUUAAUGAGGGAAAUAAGUAUUUGACCCCCUCUCAAUCAGAAAGAUUUCUGGCUCCCAGGUGUCUUUUAUACAGGUAACGAGCUGAGAUUAGGAGAAUACUCUUAAAGGGAGUGCUCCUAAUCUCAGAUUGUUACCUGUAUAAAAGACACCUGUCCACAGAAGCAAUCAAUCAAUCAGAUUCCAAACUCUCCACCAUGGCCAAGACCAAAGAGCUCUCCAAGGAUGUCAGGGACAAGAUUGUAGACCUACACAAGGCUGGAAUGGGCUACAAGACCAUCGCCAAGCAGCUUGGUGAGAAGGUGACAACAGUUGGUGCGAUUAUUCGCAAAUGGAAGAAACACAAAAGAACUGUCAACCUCCCUCGGCCUGGGGCUCCAUGCAAGAUCUCACCUCGUGGAGUUGCAAUGAUCAUGAGAACGGUGAGGAAUCAGCCCAGAACUACACGGGAGGAUCUUGUCAAUGAUCUCAAGGCAGCUGGGACCAUAGUCACCAAGAAAACAAUUGGUAACACACUACUCCGUGAAGGACUGAAAUCCUGUAGCGCCCGCAAGGUCCCCCUGCUCAAGAAAGCACAUAUACAUGCCCGUCUGAAGUUUGCCAAUGAACAUCUGAAUGAUUCAGAGGAGAACUGGGUGAAAGUGUUGUGGUCAGAUGAGACCAAAAUGGAGCUCUUUGGCAUCAACUCAACUCGCCGUGUUUGGAGGAGGAGGAAUGCUGCCUAUGACCCCAAGAACACCAUCCCCACCGUCAAAUAUGGAGGUGGAAACAUUAUGCUUUGGGGGUGUUUUUCUGCUAAGGGGACAGGACAACUUCACCGCAUCAAAGGGACAAUGGACGGGGCCAUGUACCGUCAAAUCUAGGGUGAGAACCUCCUUCCCUCAGCCAGGGCAUUGAAAAUGGGUCGUGGAUGGGUAUUCCAGCAUGACAAUGACCCAAAACACACGGCUAAGGCAACAAAGGAGUGGCUCAAGAAGAAGCACAUUAAGGUCCUGGAGUGGCCUAGCCAGUCUCCAGACCUUAAUCCCAUAGAAAAUCUGUGGAGGGAGCUGAACGUUCGAGUUGCCAAACGUCGGCCUCGAAACCUUAAUGUCUUGGAGAAGAUCUGCAAAGAGGCGUGGGACAAAAUCCCUCCUGAGAUGUGUGCAAACCUGGUGGCCAACUACAAGAAACGUCUGACCUCUGUGAUUGCCAACAAGGGUUUUGCCACCAAGUACUAAGUCAUGUUUUGCAGAGGGGUCAAAUACUUAUUUCCCUCAUUAAAAUGCAAAUCAAUUUAUAACAUUUCUGACAUGCGUUUUUCUGGAUUUUUGUUGUUAUUCUGUCUCUCACUGUUCAAAUAAACCUACCAUUAAAAUGAUAGACUGAUAAUUUCUUUGUCAGUGGGCAAACGCACAAAAUCAGCAGGGGAUCAAAUACUUUUUUCCUCACUGUAUUUGGCUAACUAUUAAACUAACUGUUUAGCAGUUUUAUGGCUUGGGGGUAGAAGCUAUUCAGGGUCCUGUUGGUUACAGACUUGGUGCAUCGGUACCGCUUGCCGUGUGGUUGCAGAGAGAGCAGUCUAUGACUUGGGUGGCUAGAGUCAUUGAAAUUGUUUAGGGCCUUCCUCUGACAGCACCUGGUAUAUAGCUCCUGGAUGGCAGGGAGCUCGGCCCAAGUGAUGUACUGGGCCGUACGUACUACCCUCCAGCGUCUUGCGGUCGGUUGCCAAGCAGUUGCCAUACCAGGCGGUGAUGCAGCCAGUCAGGAUGCUCUUGAUGGUGCAGCUGGAUAACUUUUGGAGUAUAUGAGGGUCCAUGCUAAAUCUUUUCAGCCUCCUGAGGGGGAAGAGACGUUCUUGUGCCCUCUUCACGACUGUGUUGGUGUGUGUGUGGACCAUGAUAGAUCCUUAUCUUCAGAUGACGACACAUUUUUUGCUGAGAACGAUGAGGGACUUGUAGAGCGCAGGGAUAAUUUGAAAUGCAAACAUGAACGCGGUGCGAGUGUGGAGUGUUGGAAUGAAAGUUCUAGGGCAUAAAGGCAAAUAAGGGUAACUCAGGCCCUUUAGUACCAAGCAAGCACAAGCUUAAACUUCUAUUUCAAAGCUUUUCAUUUCUUGGAACAUCUCUUUCUUGGCGCUGUGGUACAGUACAAAACAAAAUCUGGCAGAUAUCAACGUAUGAAACAUUCACAUUUAGACUAUUUAUUUAUCCAUAGGUCACGACCAACCCACUCCAGUUUCUACAAAUGAUAUCCACGUUUGGAGGCACUGUACUGGAGCCAGCCUUCACAUUAAUAAAGCUUCAGAGCCAGAUUGCUCUUCAGCUGAUUAUCUCAUAGGAACAAAGCUCUACGGCUCACAAACACAAACACACCCCUUUUCUUCCAGAAGGAAAAUAACCAGAACAGGAAAGUGUUGCCCAGGCAACGGGGAGCAGAACAUGGGUGACCUUUCCCUUCCUGUGUGCGUGUGCGUGUGCGUGAUGUUAUUCCACGCCCAGUCAGGACAGUGGGAUCCAGAGUUCAGCCUCUGACAUUGGCCCGUCUCCGGACCGACUUACGAGGCUUGGCAACCCGGACGGGUUUUCCACUGGCCAGCAUUUUUCUGAUAGUUCUGUUAUGAUGGUCCAAUGUUAUGUUACCCCUGACUUUCUCCCUCGCUGUCCUCCACUCUUCAUCCUUAGUCAUUACAUUUACAUUACAUUUAGCAGACGCUCUUAUCCAGAGAGACUCAUGUAGUAAUAACAUAAUUAUAUUACACAUACUGUACAAGUAACUCGUUAUUAUUGUACUAAGCUAAGGGAUUAAUGAGUACACUUACUUUUUUUGCAUUCUAUUUUACUUACUGUAGAAUUCUCAUUAUGACGUGUCAUUGGAAUACAUUGUAGUCCAGUGAGCCAAUUGGGUCUAUCAUUGUGGCAGUCGUCAUUGAUACACCCAUGAGUGAUUCAUUGGUCUAGAGACUUCCCAUGUUCGCCUCCCUCUGGAGUCACGGCCAAUUAAAUGGUUCGCUCUCAGACAACUAUUCCACUGAUUUACAGUGUGUUUAAUCUACAUGCAUGUUCAAUACAGCAAUCGAUGAGGAUGACUGUCUGUCUUAGAAACCCAUUGAUUUGCUACACUCUCGAGCACUACUCUCAUAUUGUUAGGGCUCAUUUUGCAAUAGAGGGGCUUAUAAUGGAGUUGGUUGACCUUAUGAAGGGCUUAUGUAGACCUUAUGAAGGGCUUAUGUAGACCUUAUGAAGGGUUUAUGAAGGCUUCAUUAAGCCCCUCAUGUUUUGUUGGUUUUAGGUGGGUCAAUGUUGUGCUAUAGUAGGACCCCGUCCUGUAACAACACACAUGUAAGGGAUAUUUAUGGCUGACAGUGAUUCUGUUUGCUUUCCUUCGUUCCACUAUCACGUCCGGCUGUUUUGCUAAAAUUCUAAAACUGCAUUUCCCUCCGUCUAUAUUGUCCUCCACAGGGUUCCAGGCCUGUCACACAUUUAUCUCCACACAGCUGUGCCCAUUUCCUCUAUUUUUUCCUCUAGUUUCUGGCCCUGAUUUUCAGUGUUUUCCUUGUCCUGCCACAGUUUUCCCCCUGGCUGCAAUAUUCUGAUAGCCAUUUGGCAGGUGACUCUGACCCUUCUGUCUGGAGAGGAGAGAAGAGAACUCUCUGGUGUCAGUGUUCUUGUUGUUCUUCAUCCUCGUCAUCAUUAGUGUCUCGUUUUAUCCGUGACUACACGGUUUGUGGUGUUCAUAACUAACAUGAUGAAAUAUGACAGAGGUGUCAGACUGUUGUCAUGCUCCCAUUGAAUUACUGUAUGGUUCCAGUCGGCAGAUUAGAGCUAGUUGAUUAAUGUAAAUUGUCCAAUUUUGAUAUUCCAGUGAGAAGUAAAUAAAUCAUUUCUAAUGUAUUCUAUUUUCUGUGUCACCUUACAGAUGCUUUUGGAGUGUCAUUGAGUACAAACACACAUAAAUACUUUCCUAGCCUUGAUUAUUAGGUUGCCGGGCAACCAGGCUACUAGGAUAUGCUAACGUUAUGCUAAAGCCUAUAUAAUUGAUUUUGUAGUACAAUAAAGUUACUUUAAGAUGAUUUGGACGUGAAGUGCGGAAAAUGCUAAUAUAGGAAAUAUUGACUUGCAUUGGAUUGUGCCAAAAAAGCAAAAAGGUUAGCAUUUGGAGACAGUGGCUAGGUAAACUAAAAGCAUGGAUUGCUGUCUUACCAUGUCCAUAGACUGCUUAUAGGGUAAGGAAACCAAUAUGUCAUGUUUUAAUGUGGAUCACUAUCCCUUUAAGAGGGUGUUUGUAUGUUAUGUGUCCUAGGUGAACUAUCCCUUUAAGAGGGUCUUUGUUUAAGUUUCAAGUUUUAAUGUCACAUGCACAAGUACAGUGAAAUGCCUUUCUUGCAAACUCAAAACCCAACAAUGCAAUAAUCAAUAACAAUGUAUUACUAGAAAAAAACACAUGAGAAAUAAGAAUAGGAAAUAUUAAAUACACAAUUAUGUAAGUAAGCAUACUAUAUACGGGAAAUAUUUAAAAAGUCAGUUCCAAUACCAUACAGUGAGGGAAAAAAGCAUUUGAUCCCCUGCUGAUUUUGUACGUUUUCCCACUGACAAAGAAAUGAUCAGUCUAUAAUUUUAAUGGUAGGUUUAUUUGAACAGUGAGAGACAGAAUAACAAAACAAAAAUCCAGAAAAACGCAUGUCAAAAAUGUUAUAAAUUGAUUUGCAUUUUAAUGAGGGAAAUAAGUAUUUGACCCCCUCUCAAUCAGAAAGAUUUCUGGCUCCCAGGUGUCUUUUAUACAGGUAACGAGCUGAGAUUAGGAGCACACUCUUAAAGGGAGUGCUCCUAAUCUCAGUUUGUUACCUGUAUAAAAGACACCUGUCCACAGAAGCAAUCAAUCAAUCAGAUUCCAAACUCUCCACCAUGGCCAAGACCAAAGAGCUCUCCAAGGAUGUCAGGGACAAGAUUGUAGACCUACACAAGGCUGGAAUGGGCUACAAGACCAUCGCCAAGCAGCUUGGUGAGAAGGUGACAACAGUUGGUGCGAUUAUUCGCAACUACAAGAAACGUCUGACCUUUGUGAUUGCCAACAAGGGUUUUGCCACCAAGUACUAAGUCAUGUUUUGCAGAGGGGUCAAAUACUUAUUUCCCUCAUUAAAAUGCAAAUCAAUUUAUAACAUUUUUGACAUGCGUUUUUCUGGAUUUUUGUUGUUGUUAUUCUGUCUCUCACUGUUCAAAUAAACCUACCAUUAAAAUUAUAGACUGAUCAUGUCUUUGUCAGUGGGCAAACGUACAAAAUCAGCAGGGGAUCAAAUACUUUUUUCCAUCACUGUAUUUACAUGUGCAGGGGAUACUGGAGUGAUGGAGGUAGAUAUGUAUAGGGGUAAGGGGACUAGGCAACAGGAUAUAAGAUAAACAGUGUAGCUGCAGCUUGUAUGUGAGCGGGUGUGUAGAGUCAGUAUAAAUGUAUGUGCAAAUUAUGGAGUUAGUGUUUGUGUGUGUGUUGGAGUGACAGUGUGUAGGGCCCUGUUAGUGUGGAUAGAGACAGUGCAAGGAUUGAAAUAAAAGGUCAAUAAAGAUACAAGGUUAACUCAGAUAGUCCAUGUAGCUAUUUUGUUAGCUAUUUAUCAGUCGUAUUGCUUGGGGAUAGAAGCUGUUCAAGAGCCUGUUGGUGUCAGACUUGAUUAAUCGGUACCUCUUGCCGUGCGGCAGCAGAGAAAAUAGUCUAUGGCUUGAGUGGUUGGAGUCUUUGACGAUUUUCCGGACCUUCUUUUCACAGCGCCUGAUAUAGAGGUCCUGGAUGGCAGGGAGCUCUGCCCCAGUGAUGUACUGGGCUCUCCGCACAACCGUCUGUAGCACCAUGCGAUCGAGGGCGGUGUUAUUGCCAUACCAAGCAGUGAUGCAGCCAGUCAAUAUGCCCUCAAUGGUACAACUGUAGAACCUUUUGCCAAACUUUUUCAACCUCCUGAGGGGGAAGAGGCACUGUCGCGCCUUCUUCCCGACUGUGUGUGUGUUUGGACCAUUUUAAGUCUUUAGUGAUUUGGACACCGAGGAAGCUGUCGACCUGCUCCGCUGCCGCCCCGUCUAUGUGGAUGGGGAUGUGCUCGCCCCCCCGUUUCCUGUAGUUCAUAAUCAGCUCCUUGGUCUUGCUGACGUUGAGGGAAAGGUUGUUGCUCCAGCACCACACUGCCAGGUCUCUGACCUCCUCCCAGUAUGCUGACUCAUCGUCGCCGGUGAUCAGGCCUACCACCGUCAUGUCGUCAGCGAACUUGAUAAUGGUGUUGGAGUCGUGCGUGGCCACACAGUUGUGGGUGAACAGGGAGUACAGGAGGGGACUAAGCACACACCCCUGUGGGACGCCUGUGUUAAGGGUCAGCGUGGCAGAGGUGAUGUUGCCUACCCUCACCACCUGGGGUCGGCCCGUCAGGAAGUCUAGGAUCCAGUUGCAGAGGGAGGUGUUCAGACCCAGAGUCCUAUGCUUGGUGAUGAGCUUGGAGGGGACAAUGAACAGCAUUCUCACAUAGGUAUCCCUCUUAUCUAGGUGGAUGAGGCCAGUGUGGAGAGCAAUUGAGAUUGCAUCAUCUAUGGAUCUGUUUGGGCGGUAUGCAAAUUGGAGUGGGUCUAUGGUGGCUGGGAUGGUGGAGUUAAUGUGUGCCAUAACCAGCCUCUCAAAGCACUUCAUUAUUACAGAAGUGAGUGCUACAGGGCGGUAGUCGUUGUGUUUAUGUGUCCUGUGCAGAGUAUGGAGGCCUGGGCCUGGACUUCAGCUACAGUAUAGCCGUGUCAGAGGAGCUGGGCAACAUCCGCUGUGGAGGCAUCCCCAUGGCCAUCGGAGUCCAGACUGACAUGGCCACACCUGCCCUGGCCAGGUAAUGUAUAUACUGCACCCAUCUGGCCCAUAGCCAUGCUAUUUUCAUUAUGAGCCAAUCAAGCAAGUAAUUUCAUUUGAAUUUUUGUAUAAUAUUUGAUUAGAGGAAAAUAAAAACAUACGAUCACAUCGUUCCUCCCCCCUAAUCCUUCAGAACAUUCCCUUUUGACCCCCCUCCCUCUAUCUCCCACCCCUACCCUUCCCAAUGACAUUUAAUUUCUAUGGUAAACUUAAAGUAUGAAGAAAAAAAUGUAUGCACUCACUAAUUGUAAGUCGCUCUGGAUAAGAGAGUCUGCUAAAUGACUAAAAUGUAAAAUGUAAUGUAAACUUAAUCAAUUAGUCUCUGUUUCCCACUGACACGCACACACAAGAAACAUUUGUAAAGUAAAGCUUUUGUGAAGACUUAGAGACCACCCACUCUUCUGAAAUCUUAGUUUCAACAUGCACACCAACAAUCCAAAACUAGGACUUAGUGGCUUCAAUAAGUAAUCAUUUACAGAUGUUUAAAUACUUUAGAAUAUAUCAUGUUGUUGAUGAUGAGUCAAGCAGCUGUAUGCAGGCUAUUCAUUAUACAUAGCACUUUUUCUACUUGCCCAGAGUCAGAUGAACUUAUGGAUUCCAUUGUUAUGUCUCUAUGUGCAGUUUGAAAGAAGUUGAAGGUAGUUUUCAAGCUAACGCUAACUAGCGUUAGCGCAAUGACUGGAAGUCUACCGAAACAGUUGCUUGAACAGCUCUUUAACCCCAUUGUCUCUGUGUGUUGUGGUACUGUAGGUUUGGCUCUGAAGAGCUGAAGAAGGAGUUUCUGCUGCCCUCCAUAAUGGGAGACAAAGUGGCCUGUCUGGGAGUGAGUGAAGUGGGAGCCGGCUCAGAUGUUGCUAGUACGUUGCCUUCAUUUAGUAUCCCACUAGUAUGUUAUUAUGGCCUGACUUCUGCUCGCCCUAAAGCAGAUUCUCAGUAAACACUCAACCACUCUGGGCCGGAAAAGGAGGCUCAAUCUGUUUCUAAUGCGGGUGACAUCAAAGCACAAGCAUGAUUAUAACACUCUUAACACUUAUUUUUACUAUUUUCUACAUUGUAGAAUAAUAGUGAAGACAUCAAAACUAUGAAAUAACACAUAUGGAAUCAUGUAGUAACCAAAAAAGUGUUAAACAAAUCAAAAUAUAUUUUAUAUUUGAGAUUCUUCAAAUAGCCACCCUUUGCCUUGAUGACAACUUUACACACUCUUGGCAUUCUCUCAACCAGUUUCACCUGGAAUGUUUUUCCAACAGUCUUGAAGGAGUUCCCACAAAUGCUGAGCACUUGUUGGCUGCUUUUCCUUCACUCUGCGGUCCGACUCAUCCCAAACCAUCUCAAUUUGGUUGAUGUCGGGUGAUUGUGGAGGCCAGGUCAUCAGAUGCAGCACUCCAUCACUCUCCUUCUUUGUAAAAUAGCCCUUACACAGCCUGGAGGUGUGUUGGGUCAUUGUCCUGUUGAAAAACAAAUGAUACAACAACUGAUUGGCUCAAACUCCACAAAUGUCUUGUUAACAAACUAUAGUUUUGGCAAGUCGGUUAGGACAUCUACUUUGCAUGACACAAGUAAUUUUUCCAACAAUUGUUUACAGACAGAUUAUUUCACUUAUAAUUCACUGUAUCACAAUUCCAGUGGGUCAGAAGUUUACAUACACUAUGUUGACUGUGCCUUUAAACAGCUUGGAAAAUUCCAGAAAAUGAUGUCAUGGCUUUAGAAGCUUCUGAUAGGCUAAUUGACAUCAUUUUAGUCAAUUGGAGGUGUACCUGUGGAUGUAUUUCAAGGCCUACCUUUAAACUCAGUGCCUCUUUGCUUGACAUCAUGGGAAAAUCAAAAGAAAUCAGCCAAGACCUCAGAAAAAAAAUUGUAGACCUCCACAAGUCUGGUUCAUCCUUGGGAGCAAUUUCCAAACGCCUGAAGGUACCACGUUCAUCUGUACAAACAAUAGUACACAAGUAUAAACACCAUGGGACCACGCAGCCGUCAUGCCGCUCAGGAAGGAGACGCGUUCUGGAUCCUAGAGAUUAACGUACUUUGGUGCGAAAAGUGCAAAUCAAUCCCAGAACAACAGCAAUGGAGCUUGUGAAGAUGCUGGAGGAAACAGGUACAAAAGUAUCUAUAUCCACAGUAAAACGAGUCCUAUAUCGACAUAACCUGAAAGGCCGCUCAGCAACGAAGAAGCCACUGCUCCAAAACCGCCAUAAAAAAGCCAGACUACAGUUUGCAACUGCACAUGGGGACAAAGAUUGUACUUUUUGGAGAAAUGUUCUCUGGUCUGAUGAAACAGAAAUAGAACUGUUUGGCCAUAUUGACCAUCGUUAUGUUUGGAGGAAAAAGGGGGUUACUUGCAAUCCGAAGAACACCAUCCCAACCGUGAAGCACGGGGGUGGCAGCAUCAUGCUGUGGGGGUGCUUUGCUGCAGGAGGGACUGGUGCACUUCACAAAAUAGAUGACAUCAUGAGGAAGGACAAUUAUGUGGAUAUAUUGAAGCAACAUCUCAAGACAUCAGUCAGGAAGUUAAAGCUUGGUCGCAAAUGGGUCUUUAAAAUGGACAAUGACCCCAAGCAUACUUCCAAAGUUGUGGCAAAAUGGCUUAAGGACAACAAAGUCAAGGUAUUGGAGUGGCCAUCACAAAGUCCUGACCUCAAUCCUAUAGGAAAUGUGUGGGCAGACCUGAAAAAGCAUGUGCGAGCAAGGAGGCCUACAAACCUGACUCAGUUACACCAGCUCUGUCAGGAGGAAUGAGCCAAAAUUCACCCAACUUAUUGUGGGAAGCUUGUGGAAGGCUACCCGAAACGUUUGACCAAAGUUAUACAAUUUAAAGGCAAUGCUACCAAAUACUAAUUGAGUGAUGUAAACUUCUGACCCACUGGGAAUGUGAUGAAAGAAAUAAAAGCUGAAAUAAAUCAUUCUCUCUACUAUUAUUCUGACAUUUCACAUUCUUAAAAUAAAGUGGUGAUCCUAACUGACCUAAAACAGUGAAAUUUUACUAGGAUUAAAUGUCAGGAAUUGUGAAAAACUGAGUUUAAAUGUAUUUGGCUAAGGUGUAUGUAAACUUCCGACUUCAACUGUAUAUACACAACCGUUCAAAAGUUUGGGGUCACUUAGAAAUGUUUACGUCCAUUUAAAAUAACAUCAAAUUGAUCAGAAAUACAGUGUAGACAUUGUUAAUGUUGUAAAUGGCUAUUGUAGCUGGAAACGGCGGGGGCCUCUGUACGCCUAUCUACAUAGGCGUACAGAUGCCCAUUAUCAGCAACCAGCAGUCCUGUGUUCCAAUGGCACGUUGUGUUUGCUAAUCCAAGUUUAUCAAUUUAAAAGGCUAAUUGAUCAUUAGAAAACCCUUUUGCAAUUACGUUAGCACAGCUGGAAACUGUUGUGCUGAUUACAGAAGCAAUAAAACUGGCCUUCUUGAGACUAGUUGAGUACCUAGAGCAUCAGCAAUUGUGGGUUCGAUUACAGGAUCAAAAUGGCCAGAAACAAAUAACUUUCUUCUGAAACUCGUCAGUCUAUUCUUGUUCUGAGAAAUGAAGGCUAUUCCAUGCGAGAAAUUGCCAAGAAACUGAAGAUCUCGUACAACGCUGUAUUCUACUCCCUUCACAGAACAGCAUAGGGUAGGGCAGUGUGAGCAGGACCAGCAGUGUCAUUUGACUUAACAAACGAGGAUCGGAUGUCGUCAACCUUCUUUUCAAAAUGGUUGACGAAGUCAUCCACAGAGAAGGAGGAGGGUGGGGGAGGGGGAGGAGGAUUCAGCAGGGAGGAGUAGGUGGCAAAGAGCUUCCUAGGGUUAGAGGCAGAUGCUUGGAAUUUAGAGUGGGUACUUCAAGAUAAACAAGUUUUAACCAACAUCUGGCAACCAUCACUGGAGGACCCUCCCAACCGAGAUGGUACCAGCCAGCACCCCAGACGGGACAGUACCUCUAUAACUUAAAUUCUAAGAUAAAUAACAUAGGUUCCUUCGGACUUCCUGGCUCCCAGAGUGACAUGAUAAAUGGAUUGAACACAUUCCCAAAUCCUGUGUAAACACGAAAUAUCAAUAAGGAAGUCAGUCAAUUGAAAUACAUUCAUUAGGCCCUAAUCUAUGGGUUUCACAUGACUGGGCAGGUGCGCAGCCAUGGGUGGGCCUGGGAGGGCAUAGGCCCACCCACAGGGGAGCCAGGCCCAACCAAUCAGAGUUUUUCCCCACAAAAGGGCUUUAUUACAGACAGAAAUACUCCUCAGUUUCAUCAGCUGUCUAGGUGGCUGGUCUCAGAUGAUCCCGCAGGUGAAGAAGCCGUAUGUGGAGGUUCUGGGCUGGCGUGGUUACACGUGGUCUGCGGUUGUGAGGCCGGUUGGACAUACUGCCAAAUUCUCUAAAACGACGUUGAUAUGCCACACCUGUCAGGUGGAUGGAUUAUCUUGGCAAAGGGGAAAUGCUCACUAAGAGGGAUGUAAACAAAUGUGUGCACAAAAUUUGAAAUAAAUAUGCUUUUUGUGCAUUUUGAAAAUGUCUGGAUCUUUUAUUUCAGCUCAUGAAACAUGGGACCAAAACUUUACAUGUUGCUUUUAUAUUUUUGUUCGGUAUAGUUGAUGAUCCCUGAUCUAUACUAUAAUCUGUCCUCAUGGAAAUUGUAUCUCAAAACUACAACAGUGUUCCCCAUAAUGUGAUUCCUUUCGGGCUGCGUGUUAAGACAGUUGUUUGGAAAAUGUUGUUCUACAGAACAAGUCAUAUUUCUCUCUCUCGCUCCUCCAGCCAUCAAGACGAACGCGGUGCGUAAAGGGGAUGAGUAUGUGGUGAACGGUGGUAAGAUGUGGACCACCAACGGCACCCAGGCUGACUGGAUGUGUCUCCUGGCCAACACCAGUGACGGUCCGUCUCACAAGAACAAGUCCCUCAUCUGUCUGCCUAUGAACUCUCCUGGUGAGACACAAUUAUAUAUACUUAGUCUACGAAAACUCUCCAAUAGUCAAUAGCUUCAUCUCCAGUCAUUGACCUUAUGUUCUGAAGUUGAAAGCGGGCUAAUGAAAGAUUCUGUUAGAAUUUGUGCUAAUCUCCCUUUUUAGGGUUCAGUGCCUUGCUCAAGGGCACAUCGACAGAGUUUUCACCUAGUCGGCUCUAGGAUUCGAACCAGCGACCUUUCGGUUACUGGCCGGAUGCUCUUAACCGCUAGGCUACCUGCCACUCUCCAUCUCCCAUUGACUUCAAAUUGUGAUCUAUCAACUACAGAUGAUUAUAUUUAUAGUCACAUUUUAGUAAUACCUCUGAUUACUCACAGCAUGUUCAGUGUUCUGUGCAGAAGACAAUGUCCAAGACCAAGGUGUUAUUAUAAUCUCCAGACAGUCAUUUCACUCCACUGUGUUGUUAUAAUUAGUUAAGACUCAUUCCAUUAGAGAGCUACCAGAUAGCCUCUGGUAUCCCAGCCAAGACACACAUGAUGACGUCUCUCUCCGUUGUCUCCUUUCCCUCACAGGGGUUCACAUCGCCCGCAAGAUCGACAAGAUGGGGAUGUGGUCUUCCGACACGGCCGAGGUCUUCUUCGAUGACGUGCGCGUGCCCUGCAAGAACCUCAUUGGUCAGGAGGGGAUGGGCUUCACUUAUCAAAUGCUUCAGUUCCAGGAAGAGAGACUUUGGGCGUGUGGCAACAGUAAGCAAACCUCUCCAAUUCCAUCGUGUUCCCUUCCUCUCUCCCUCUCUCCCUCCCCCACCCUCUCGCUCUCUCUCCUUCCUACCAAUACUCUCUCUUUUGGUCUCUGGGGUUUUUUCGGUAUUUCAGAGAAUUUCUCAAAGAGAAACGUUAUUAUCUUGAAACGUAAUUUGUCAUCGAGUCAUUCAAAAGGUUUCCGCAUGUCAGCCAGUGUGAAGAAAAGGCCUUUAGCAAAGACAUAAGCAGGAAUAUCUAAUUGAUGGUGACGUGAAGUUCUUGAAAGCUUCUUGCCCUGACUCAUUAUAUCCCAGUUUAUUUAGUCUGGGCUUGAUAACAGUCAGUCUGAGUAGGUUGUUAGCCUUUAGAAAAUAGGGUGCGUCACACGAACACACACACAGAUACACGUACCCACACUGUUAAAUCACUAUAUGCCUCCAUCAGUUUGUAUCAUCCACCCACUUCCAAGUUAAACUAGUGACACACUUUGACCUCCAAGUUAAACUAGUGACACACUUUGAGGGGCAAAAAAAGGACAUUAACUUCCUCACACAACAACUUGUUCACAGCCUCUGCCCACUCCACCAUCUGUAACACAAACAACAUCUAUAUAGACCUAUUUCCUGGGCGCGCCAUGAAAAGUUGCGCGUGCAGUUCGGAAUCAGAAAGCUCUUUGUUUACCUAGCAGUGGAUACGAUCACACGCAACUUCAAAUGCAGCUCAUGCAAGUUAACAAACACGUAAUCAGAUGGUCAUCGCAGAUGUAAUCAGAGGAUUGAUUACCUAGCAAGCCAGCCAGCCAAGUUAAAAUAUCAAAAUUAGAGCUAGAUAAAGCCAGAAUAAUAAUAUACUUGUUAAACAUAACUAUAGCCAUCAGUCUUGCGUGUUUUCAUGGUCAUUACUCACUCACUGUUAAGUUUGCCAAGGUCCAGACUUUAGCGUUAGCUAUCCUGCUACAGAGGUUUUUGGUGCAGGGAUGCACAGUCACGCACAGUUGCUUGGAAACAAAAAACGUCUCUAUACUACCGUUUAUUCCCCUUCAGUUCUAACCAUGAUGGACAACAUCAUCCAGGAGACCAUUCAGUACACCAGACAGAGGAAGAUCUUCAAGAUGCCUGUUCUCUACCACCAGUCAGUCCACUUCAGACUGGCCGAGCUGGAGACAGAGAUCGAGCUGCUGCGCUCCCUCCUCCAUCGCUCCACAGGUGGGUCUGCUCAGGAUAAGAUAAUGACUGCAUCCCAAACGGCACUCCAUUCCCUAUGUAGUGCAUUACUUUUAACCAGGGCCCAUAAAGCUAUGGUCAAUGUAGUGCACUACAUAGGGAAUAGGGUGCUAUUUGGGAUGCAGGCAAUGACUGAUUUCUAUGGGGAAAUGUUGUUUUCAGCUGGGCCUUGUGCAUACAUUAAGCAUAAACACAGGACGUAAGACAGAUACAAACCAGAUACGUGUUUAGAUACAAACCAGAUACGUGUUGGAUACAAACCAGAUACGUGUUGGAUACAAACCAGAUACGUGUUAGAUACAAACCAGAUAUGUGUUAGAUACAAACCAGAUACGUGUUAGGGAAGUUACUCUGAAAAUAUAGUUUACCAUGCUACCAAUUACUUCACACUGGAAGAAGUUAAGCUACACUAAAGCUACUCUUAAGAAAAAUAUAGUUUACUUAACUAAAGUUAUUUUGAAAAUGUAUUUCAAACUACUUUGUGAUAAAUAAUAAUAUAUAAAUCUGAAAUAUCAUAGACUACAAAUUGCAAGAACAGGUCUCUUUGGAGUCAGAUGUUAACAUAAUGUUUAAUUUAGCCUAUUAAACACAAAAAUAUAUGUUUCAAGUGAGAAUUAGGAAGGUCUGAUGCCAGAAAAAGAAAGGACAUUCUUGCCUACUUUACCCAUAUUUUCUAUGUUUUUUUCAGAAACAGUAGUGUGUCAUUCCAGUAGUUAGCUGCACCGCUGCAUGGCAAAAAAGUAAUUAACACUAAAACACUACCAAGAUUAGAAUUUAGCUCAACUACCACCAAGCUACUACAAAAUGGUGUUAAGUUACUAGUUGAACUACACUGCCAGAUAAAUACAAUCAGUAAGUGCAGCCUAUGUAUGAUUCAUAAUAAUAAGAUGUAAACUUUAACAUCUAGGCCAGUAACACAACACAUCUAAUAAUGGUCAUUGUCAGGAGACUGGACACAUCUGGCUGUUGUCCGGGUUCCAUGGCCUUUGAGGGGGUUUAACUAAUGCUCAACCACUUUACCAGACAGUAGCUUCAAUGCACUAGUGCAGCUGUUAAUUGCUUAAUCAGAUAGGGACUAGAGGCAUCUGUUAGGCACAUGUAGACAGUAGACAGACUGUGGCCACUGUACACGUCCCAAUUCUCCCAUUCUCUCCUCUAAACUGAUCUGACAUUAAAGAUCAAUGACAAUAAUAUCAGUAAGUAAUAUCAGUUUAGGACUUAGGAAAGGAAACCAGCAAGGAGAUUGUAGAUACAGACUUAGAGCAGGGUGAGUGAAAUGAAACAGCUUGUACACAUCCUAAAUCUUGGCAUCAACCUCUUCCCUGCGUCUCCCCUCCCCAGCUCUGUACAUCAAGGGCAACGAUGUGACUAAGCUGGCGUCCAUGGCUAAGCUGAAGGCAGGCCGUCUGUCCAGGGAGGUGGGGGACAGCUGCCUGCAGUACUGGGGAGGGAUGGGCUAUACCAGCGAUGUCCUGGUCAGCAGGUUUUACAGGUGAGUGGAGAAGAAGAACUCUAAAAGAAGGUUCAAGACGGCAGCUUAAUUCCCCUUGAUGUUUAUUGCUGACGCGUUUUGGAGCAAGCUCCUUCGUUAAAGCACUGAAUAAACUUUGUGACACAUUAUGUAAAGGUUACAAGUUCUGCUUAUAAACCUGUCAUAAACAUGACUAAAUAUUUAGUUUGCUAACCAUUCAUAAACUUUAUAUAAUGUACAUUUUAUCAUUCGUUCACAUAUUUACUAAUGAUGACUACAUGUAUAAACUAUACUGAACAAAAAUAUAAACGCAGCAUGCAACAAUUUCUACGAUUUUACUGAGUUACACUUCAAAUAAGGAAAUCAGUCAAUUGAAAUAAAUUCAUUAGGCCCUAACAUAUGGAUUUCACAUGCCUGGGAAUACAGAUAUGCAUCUGUUGGUCAAAGAUACCUUUAAAAAAAGGUAGGGGCGUGGAUCAGAACACCAGUCUGUAUCUGCUGUGACCACAGUUUUCCUUAUGCAGCGCGACACAUCUCCUUCGCAUAGAGUUGAUCAGGCUGUUGAUUGUGGCCUGUGGAAUGUUGUCCCACUCCUCUUCAAUGGCUGUGCAAAGAUGCUGGAUAUUGGCGGGUACACAUCGAUCCAGAGCAUCCCAAACAUGCUCAAUGGGUGACAUGCCUGGUGAGUAUGCAGGCCAUGGAAGAACUGGGACAUUUUCAGCUUCCAGGAAUUGUGUACAGAUCCUUGCGACAUGGGGCCAUGCAUUAUUAUUAGUGAUGGCGGCGGAUGAAUGGCACGACAAUGGGCCUCAGGAUCUCGUCACAGUAUCUCUGUGCAUUCAAAUUGCCAUCGAUAAAAUGCAAUUUUGUUCGUUUUUCGUAGCUUAUGCCUGCCCAUACCAUAACCACACAGCCACCAUGGGGCACUCUGUUUAUAACAUUGACAUCAGCAAACCGCUCACCCACACACCGCCAUACACGUGCCAAUUGCAUGUUCAUCUGUAAAUUGCACAUUUUUAGAGUUGCCUUUUAUUGUCCCCAGCACCAGGUGCACCUAUGUAAUGAUCAUGCUGUUUAAUCAGCGUCAUUAUAUAUCACAACUGUCAGGUGAAUGGAUUAUCUUGGCAAAUGAGAAAUGCUCACUAACAGGGAUGUAAACAAAUUUGUGCACAACAUUUGAGAGAAAUAAGCUUUUUGUGCGUAUGGAACAUUUCUGGGAUCUUUUAUUUCAGCUCAUGAAACAUGGGACCAACACUUUACAUGUUGCGUUUAUAUUUUUGCUCAGUGUAUUAUAAGGAAACUCAAAAGGAGUUUAUUUAACCCACUGAUAUAUGCUGUCCUUUCACUGAUCAGAUGAUGCAGUUCAGACCUCUUACAGUAGUACACUAAUCAACUACGGUUAAUACUACUGUAGUCUAAUUACAGCGACACCCAGUGAUGUGGCAAAUUAAGACAUUAUAUGGGUUGCAUCCCAAAUGGCACCCUAUUCCCUACAUAGUGCACUACUUUGGCCAGCGCCUGAGGGUCAAGGGCAGGUCUCACUGUCACUGUCUGGGUCAGUUAAAAGGUCUCGGUUUCAUCACUUCCCCUGAACCUUGCUAUGUACAAAUACUAUGUGUAUGCAGAUGGAUAGUGUAAGGAGGAUAUUCAUGUACGGUAAGUUCAUAACCAGUUGAGUCAAUACAGUUAAGCAAAGGUGCUGUUUUUUCACUGCAAAGAGUUGACUUUCAAUACUAGUUAAUUACACGGACAUUCUGGGUAUUCAGAUUGGUAAUUUUGCUCAGGAAAUUAAACUUAAUUCAUUCAGGCAUCUAAUCAGAAACGAGUCCCCAUUGUCACACUUCAUGGACAAAAUACAUGUGGCUUCCAUGGUUUUUAAGAAUGCGGCAGAGGCAAUAGCUGUCACAGUGACCACAGUGUUCAUUUGUGGAUUUGCGCUUUUCUUUUUGGUUUAAAUACGCAGAGACGCCAGGUUACUGUCCAUUGGAGGAGGCGCUGAUGAGGUCAUGCUGUCGAUCAUCUGCAAGUACAUGGACACCCUACCCAAGCCCCCACCCAAGAAGUGA